AUGCCCGCCUCUAGCCGUGACAAAAGCCCUCGGGUUACCAAAGUCUUCACCAGGUUUCCCCAUGAGUCCCGAUCGCCCAAGGGUGUCCAGGAGGGCGCGGCGGUGGCGGCGACGAAAGACCACAGCGCCACCACUACUGCCACAACCACCUCCACUACUACUACUGCCACCAUUUCUACCACUACUACAACCUCCACCUCCUCUACCGCCACCGCUACCUCCUCCUCCACCUCCACCACCGGCAAGGCCAAGAAGAGCAGGAAGGGCUUCUUGCCGUACUUAAGAGGUCACCGGUCAACCAAGAAGGAAGAGAAGGAGAAAGAGAAGAAGGAUAAAGCUGACGGGAGCACUAAGGGAGGGAGUCCUCAGCCUGGAGGGAGAGAGAGCGAAGCGCCACGCCCCCAGCACGCUCUUACUGUGGCCGACAAGAAGCCUGCGUCUCCGAAGACAGAUGUUGAGUGGGUGAGGGCCUCCGCCGGAUCCAGUGAAAGUGAAGGAGGGGAGAAAGAACCCCGUGUGGGAGAUGGUGAAGCUCUAGUGGGUGAGGGGAGCGGUAAGGGGGGCGCUGUGACCCGCACCGUCUCGCAGCCCACCACCUCCGCUACCCACAAGUCCCCCCUACACAAGCUACAGACUCUCCAGCGUUCCUUCCUACACAACAGGUUCGGCUCAGCAGUGCACGAUGCCGUCGCCAACACCUCCUCCCUCCCUCAAAGCUCCGCUACGCUCCGCCCUGCCCCACAGCAGCGUCCUGUGGCUGCACUCCGUUACCACACCCUUGGCCCCGCCUCUCGCCCCCCACAGGAGGCUGACGAGGACGCGUGGUUGGAAAACCGAGGCAGCACCCUGGACGCCGUGAGGGCGAGGUUUUACAACCAAGUCAACAACCUGACGUACGAAGGCGUGGACUUCGCUGCCGUGGAGGCCAGCCACGUACCCAGCAGCUUCAGCCUGGCCAGCAGGGGAUGUGACGCGCCCUUCCACGCCCCUGCCAGGGAGCGGGAGAAGAGGCCGGCGCGCGGGACCACGACAGAAUCUAAGUGCGUGGCCAAGAAGAUUCUGUUACAGAACCUUCUUCAGGAGGACUCGAGAGGGGAAGGCGGGGCGAUAACAGCUGUCACCGCCGCCAGCUGUGCCUCUGCCACCACCACAACUCCCAGCCAGGUGAAAGCCAAGCUCAACAUCACAGUGGUGAAGACGCCUGAGGUGUCCCGCCGGGCCCGCCCGGCCUCUAUCAGGACCACCAGGGCGUCCCAGCGGCGCAAGAAGGUGCCCGCGGGGAACACAGGGCAGCCCUGGGGUGGCGCCUAUGGCCGCGUGCUGUUCCGGGACGGCGCGCCCAUCCCGGAGUAUGCAAAGGUGCACAAGAGGAAAAACUGGAGACCCAACUUCUUGAGGAGGGGAAUGGACGAGGACGAUGAGGAUGUGGAGGACGAGGGGGAGGCAGAUGAGGAGGACGAGCCACUCUCCCACACUGUACACCAAACGCAGCACCUGCACGAGUCCCCAGCGGAGAAGGCGCCGGUGGUGAAGAAGAUCGAGUCAGCAGGAUACAAGUCACGGAAGGACCUGGAGCCCACGCUGAAGGUAAACCCCGUGAGGCGGGCGGAGAGCUUCAAGACGGGCGGGCGUGUGGUGCGGCGAGGCAGCCUCUCCUACACUUCGCGGGCCAAGGUGCUGGAGGGCGAGAGUUUCGUGAAAACCCAGGCCGUCAAACUCCGGCGGAAGGACUCCAAGAACGGACGCAUGGACCACAUGAAGGGGGCGCGGAAGGCAGAGUAUCGACUGAGCGUGACCAUCAAGCCAAGCACUGUGGCGGCGCUGACAGACAAAUUCAACACAAUGAUCUCACAGAACCAGGCAGCGGGACCCCACGAUCUGCCGCAGGUCACGCUGCACAAGACGCGCAUCCCGCCCCUCGCCCCGAGAGUCGGCACGGUGCACAGGACACGGCAGAAGUUCGUGCGCCUAGAUAAGGAGGGCGUCGGGGUGCUGACGGAGAAGAGCCGCAAAGAGGAGAAGAACAGGGAGCAGCGAAGAGGCGUGGCUGCAGGGGAGCUGGCCAUGCUGAACCUACGUCGGGUGAACGGUAAGCACGGCAGGUCCCCCAACACGAAGUCACCCAACUCAAGAUCACCGAAUACAAGAUCACCCAACUCAAGGUCACCCAACUCAAGGUCACCCAACUCACGGUCACCAAAUACAAGAUCACCCAAUUCACGGUCACCCAACUCACGGUCACCAAACUCACGGUCACCAAACUCAAGAUCACCAAAUUCAAGAUCACCAAACUCAAGAUCACCCACCUCCAGGUCACCCAAUUGUAGGUCACCCACCUCCAGAUCACCCACUUCCAGGUCACCAAAGUCACAGUCGCCCUCCUCCAGAACCUCCACGCCCAGGUCGCUCUCCUCCAGGUCACCUACUGCCAGGGCGUCAAACUCCAGGUCGCCGUCUCCCAGCUCACCCUCGACGCUUCGCCCGCCGUCCUCCUCGUCCAGGUCUCCCCCGAUGAGGUCUGGACGACCGAGGACGGUGAGGGCGCGGCGUGGUGUGUCGAGAAGACGCAGCUCUACGGGCGUGGGGGACAACAAGACAGACGAGGAGAAGGUGUGCGAGAGGAUCAAGACUGCUCUCUCCUCCAGCAAGUUUAAAGGAGAGAGCGAGGACGAGGACACGGAGGACGAGAGCACCGACGAGGAGAAGUGUCAGAGGGACGCAACGAGGGAGCAGUCACCGCCCUACACCAACAUCGAAGUCAGGCCGUCCUCCACCCUCCGCUUACGACCUCCUGACGAUGUAGGUGAGGGAGGGAGUCUGGCCUCUUCUGUCACUUCCUCAGCAGGACGAUUCACCGCUACCCUGCCGGAGAGACACUCCAAAUCGGACUCUUUGGACUCUGGCAUCUCUGCCGAUGGGUACCAGCUAUCGCCGAGGCUUCGUGUCCCCAGCGUUCCCGGCCACGCCUCUCCGCUCCCGGAGGACUGCUCUCUGGACACUGUAGCCUCCUCAGACACCUUCAGGAGUGAGGAUAGCGCCGUGGCUCUGAGGGGUGUGGACGAGGACCCUGAGGACAAAGACUCGCAUCAGGAGAAGGAUGUGUAUGCCUGUGUGAACGAGGAAGAAAAAGCAGCAAAGGAAGGUAAGAUCGUGGACUCUGAGGAGAAAGGAAUGAUGGACCUUCUUGAGUCAGAGAGCAAGGAUGUGACUCAAUCCUCUGCGACCUGCAGUUCCGCCUCACUCGAGGAACCAACGCCUUCCACCUCCCAGUCUCCAGAGGCGUCAGUAGAGACCCCAAAGGCCACUCCUGAAGGCUACGAGGAGGAGAAACAACCAGAGGCGGACUCGAGGUCAGUGGAGAGCAGUGGACUAGACGACGCGACCUCUGAGGUGAGUUCGGUGUGCUCGGAGGCGAAGUCGAAGAAGGCGGUGAAGGCGCAGGAGAGCCGCAUCUAUACCGCCGUUAAAUCUGCCGUCAAGAACACGGUGAAGAAGACCAAAGAAAAGGACGCCGAGAGGAAGGAGGAGAGGGAGAGGAGGAACAGAUCUCCUUCGGCCGACAGAGAGAAGUGGUAUAAGCGAGGGCGCUCCAGGGAGAGGAGGGACAAAAAGAAGGAGGGAGAGGAGGAUAAAUCGGAGGGAGGAGAGGAGUGCGAGAAGGAUAGGGAAGGGAGGACGUAUGAUAGGUUUACCUUCAAGAAACUCAGAGAAAAGAGUCAAGAACGGAAGAAAAAAGCCAAAGAGGAGGAGAAAAAGAAGGAGGAAGAGAAGAAAGCCGCAUUAGAGGACUCAAAGAAGGAAGGGAAGAAUAAGAAGAAAGAUGAUAAAGAGGAAGGAACUUAUGGUAAAUGGAACAUCCGCUCGAGAUCAAGAAGCCGUGACAGGAAGAAAUACAAAGACAAAAUAAUGGAGCAGAUCGCAAAGGAGGAGGCAGAGGAGGGCGAAGGAGAAGGAGGAGGAGGAGGAGGAGAGUCACUAAACCCCCUCAAUGCUUCCACCUCCCUCCAGACUCUUCCUGGCUCCUCCCUCACCCUCCCUCUCACCCUGAGGAAGUCACAAGAGACACCCUCCCACGGAGUCGUUAAGCUCGGGGCAAGAGAAGGAGCUCUGCGCAAGUCUGCUGCGUCGGAUAAGAGCGGCGCGGAGAGUGACAGCAGCGGCGAGACGGAGAAUAUCUACGAGAACCUUUAUGCACCGAACCUUGAGAAGCUGCAGCGCAACAGAGAGAAGCUCGAGGGGCGGGGCAUCAGACCCAACUGUUCCUUCCUGUGGAGCGAGGGCAGCAUACAGCACUCAGGCUCGGUGGAUAUGCCGGAACUGCAGGAGGUAGAGGCGGACGAGGACGAGGAGGAGGAGCCCGAGCGGUCGCCCUUCACACGUCAGCCUGGCGUGCGGAACUACUGUCGCUACGGGAGGACUGCCUUUCCUGGGCGGGUGAAGGAGAGCGCCGCGCACCACAGCUAUGCCGAGCUGACGCAGCGGGGCGGCGCCGAGGACACCCACACGGUGUCUUACGACUACAUCGGGGCCGCGAGUGCCGUGAGUUACGAUGACGUGCGGGCCCCGUCCUCCUGUGGGUAUGACGACAUCCGCGCGCCCUCCACGGUGGGCUACGACACCAUCCAGCCGCCAUCCGAAGGCUACGACACCGUGAAUCCACCUCGCUCUGACUCCAGCCAGUACGAUGACUGUGACGGCGGCGUGGUGACGGCACACUUCGCGGUGGUGAGAGAGGACCAGCUAGACUCCAUCAGCUACAUGUACGACGAGGUGGCGAUGUACAACGCCUCCCAAACGUCCCACUCCUACGAGCCCGUGUACCCGCCCGGCGUGCCUGCCCUGGCCGUGUCUUGCAUUCAGGAAGUGCCUGAGGCUGAGACAGGCUCGCCCGAUCCCCGCGAUGACUGCAGCACCACGGCGCGUGACGGAUGCUCCCCCGAUGUUAGUGAAGAUGGAAGUGAGGGCGGCGUGCACGAAGUCUUCUCCUACAAGCUGACCCGCAUUGGGGCGUCGCUGGAACUCACACCCACCAUCACCACCACCACCACCGCCGCCGCCUCCGUCCUCCACCCACCGUCCUCCCCGCCCACUACCCACGCCCCAACCACACCCUCCUCCAGAAGUUACGGAGGCCCUGUACCCUCCCUUCUCAUGCUAGCCGGAGAGGGAGCGGAGGGGGCGCCAUCCCCGUCUCUCUCACCCACGGAGGGAAAGAGUGAGACCUCGGAUGAGUGGGUGGACCUCAGUGACACGGAGACGGACACCAGCAUCUGCGGCCCCGUCAGGAUCACUACCCAGAUACCCUUGUUGAGAGUCCGGCAGAGAUCAAAGAAGUGGCGACCGCGGUACUGGAAGCGGACCUGGAGUCAAGCCGCCCACGUCCACGGCGCCCAUGAGAAGGACGAGGACGAGGAGGAGGAAGAGGAAGAGGAGGAGGUGGACUGCUGGAGGGAGGGAGGAGGAAGGAUGGUGCGGAGAACCUCACACGCCUCAUCCCUCAUCUCCUGUGCUUCCUCCACCUCCUCCUCCUUCUCCUCCAGCUCCUCCUACUCCUCCACUUCCUACAAGCCUUACGGGAAGCCACGGGCGCCCACACCUGACUCGGCAACGCUCACACCCGAGGAGGAGGAACAGGAGGAGGAGGGGGAGGAGGAAGAGGAGGAGGAGGACGAGGAGGGAGAUGAGGAGGAGGAGGAAGGUGAGGAGGAAGAAGAGGAAGAUGAACCCACAGAACAAGUUUACGUCACCUCGUCCUCCACCAUCGUGUUGGGGAGCAGUGAGACAGAGGCUAAUCUUUACGACGCCGCCUACACGCCUGACUACUACAACGCCUCCCUGCAUUCAGCCAGCACCUCCAGCAGCCUCUACUACGAGAGUGCCAAGAUCCGCAGCAUUUUCUACGAGGAUGGUGACCAGAACGAAGACCAGGAGAUCUCACUCUUCCUGGAAGGAGGGGAGUCUGAGGAAGAAGACACUGCAGGGGAUCACUAUGAAGCUAUCUAUGAAGUCAUCAGUCCAGCCCAUGAGGACUGCUAUGUACGCCAAGAUGAUCCGGACUUCGAUGACUCCUUUGAUUCAGAUGACUCGGAUGAUGCCUACUGUCGCCUUCGCCCACAGUUUCCAGAUGAAAACUCACAGCUCUCAAGGGAACACCAUGAUUCCCUGAGAUCUGAAGAGUCUGGAACAGGGAAGCAGGAUGAGAAUGUGACACAGCAACACCACCAGCAGCACCAGCAGCAGCACCAGCAUGGCAUCACUAAGAUAGCUGAGGCUGCCAACCUGGGCAUGAGGAGGUUAAGGCGGAACUGGUCCCUCACCAAGAAUGAGGUGCGCACAGGCCUCAACAGGAUCAAGAAGAAGAGCACCUUUAGUGCUUCAGACAUCAAGAGCACAGAAAAUCUGGCUAGUGACCACAGUCCCAGCAAUGAGGAGAAGAGAAAGUGGUCCUUCAAGAGUCAUUUCAGAAGAAAGUCAUCUACUGGGUCUCUGUCAACAUUGGUUAGUGGGGCUCCUCCCCCACCCCAGAAGAAGGAGUCAGCCACCUUCUACCUCACAUUAACCAUUGAGGCAGGAGCUCAGGAUGCUGGGGAGCUCUCAGAUGCCUCACAGCCCACUGUGCGCUCUGAUGCUGAGAGUGUCACCUCAGGGGCCAGUGUGCGGGAUGUCCGCCAUUCCAACACUCCCUCCAUAGCUUCUGUCACCACCCUGGCCUCUGCUGAUGGUGCAGUAACUCGUCGGUCUGCUCCAGUGAUCUACAGCAGGAAGAACUCUACUGGAUCUACUUCUGGUGGCCCAGUCCGUCCCCGCACUGCCCCACCCGCCCCACCACCCAAAGUCACAGACAGGAGCAGUGAAAAGGCUGAGAAGACUGGCAGAACAAGUGAUGGAGAGCCAGAGGAGCUGAGCAAGACAGAGGUUGCUUCCCGCCUCAACCAGCUCCUCUCCUGUGGUCCAAUGGUGCCCCCUGGCCGCCGUGUCCUGCGCACCUCAGGUGACUCUAGCAGCGAUGCCUCCCCAAUUCCUGUUUUGGUGCACCCAGAUGAUGCUGGCUACACUGGAUUGCGUCCCAACAGUGUCAAGUAUGCUACAAUAGAUGGAGCCACAUCCUCAGCUCUAGGAGACUCCAGUGGUGAUGAGAGGCUGUUAGGGGCUGAGGCGGUAGGAGGUCUGGGCUUCAAUAUGCCUCGGGCACGCACCUCUGUGGCCAGCUCUGGGUCUCAUGGCUCCAGUGAGGGCUACAUUCGUCUAGGUGACAUUGCCUCAGCUCCUCCACCCUUGCCUGCACGGCGAAACCCAGUGCCACCUGCACCAAAGCCAAGCCGUCCUCAAUCCUCUGGUCUGCUGCACCUGCCAUCCAGUCUGCUGGAUGGUGACAACAACAGCUACCUGGACUUCAGUGUCAAUGCCCUGAUCCAAGAUGAGCCACUCUAUGUCAGCUCCCAUUUUGCUGACGAGCCUUUGUACCAGUUUUAUACAGCAGGUGUGCUGGAGCGAGCAGCACAUAACCAGGGAGAUUGCUCCUCUGAGGAUGACUAUGAGGUCAUAAAUGAUGGGCAUGGUGGUGGGAGUGGGAAGCUGCAGACCCGCCCAUCAGCCAUGGAGCUAGUCACCCCCGCUGAUGGCCGGCGCACGCUGUGGUGUGAGCUACCAGAAGUAAUAGAUAGCGGCCUAUUGAGCCAAAUCAGUGGCCAGGAAAGGAAGAUCCAGGAGGCAAUGUUUGAGAUGAUCACCUCCGAGGCAUCCUAUCUCAAGUCCCUCAAUGUACUGGUGACUCACUUCGUCCAGUGCCCAGAGUUCAUUGAUGAGGGAGAAGAUGCUGUGCUCAGCCGCCGGGAAAGGCACAUCCUCUUCUCUGACAUUCUUCCUGUCAAGAGAUGCUCAGAGCUGUUCUUGGCUGACCUGGAGAAGCGGUGGCAGGAGUCAGUGAAGAUCUCCAACAUUGCCGAUAUCAUCUGUAAGCACGCCAACAACCACUUCCAGGUGUAUGUCAAAUAUUGCUCGAAUCAAGUAUACCAAGACCGCACACUGAAGGAACUCAAAGAGAACAACCCUCGCUUCCUGGAGGUUCUCAACAUGCUGGAGUCAUCACCAGUGUGCCAGUCACUCGCCAUGCACUCCUUCCUCAUGUUGCCAAUGCAGAGGAUCACCCGCCUGCCCCUGCUGGUGGAUGCCAUCUUCCACCGCCUGGAACACAACACUCCCAUUUGGCACGAAUACAAAGUUGCCCUCGCCACACUGACUAAGAUUGUAGCGGAGUGCAAUGAGGGAGCACGGCGGAUGGAGCGCAUGGAAGAGAUGCUUAUCCUCUCCCGCCAGCUGGAUUUCCGGGAGGUGAAAGCCAUCCCUCUCAUUUCAGCCUCACGUUGGCUGGUUAAGAAAGGUGAUCUGACUCGCCUUACUUGGAGAGAGAAUGAUGGCAAACUAACAUUUGGGAAGAGGAUUUCCAAGUGCACAUUGCACUUCUUCCUCUUCACUGACCUCCUGGUGGUGACCAAAAAGAAGAGUGAGGACCAGUACAUGGUGUUGGACUACUGCUCCCGGAACAUGGUGCAGGUGCUGGAACUGGACACUUCUGAUAAGUUCCCUGGACGUAUCCUGGAUGGCCACAAGAACCUCCUCAUCAUGACCAUGUUGCAGAAUCAUGAAAACAAGACUGUGGAGAUGAUUGUGUCUUGCCCCAUGGAGUCAGACAGGACACGCUGGGUAGAGGCUGUCACUCCACGCAGCUCAGACAACCCAGAUGAGCGGAUCUAUGAGGAAUGGGAUUGUCCCCAAGUCCAGGCCAUCCAUCCCUAUGUUGGCAAGCAGGCAGAUGAGCUCUCCCUUGAGGUGUCUGAUGUUGUCAACGUCCUAAAAAAGAUGUCUGAUGGUUGGUAUCAUGGGGAGCGCAUCAGGGACCAAGAGCGAGGGUGGUUUCCUGGGAGAUUCACAGUGGAGAUCUCAUCAACCCAUGUGCGGGCAAGGAACCUCCGCCAGCGCUACCGUCUGCUGGCCAUCUCCGGUUCUCUCCUUGAUGAGCUGAAGAAGGAAAAAGAACGCUUUGAGAAGGAGGAACGAAAGAAGGACCGCAGGCGCACAUUAACCAUCAUGGAAGUUAUAUCAUCUCAGACGCAGGCGAUAAGUUAGAUGCAAUAUCCUGAUGUGUGAUGUGGAAAUGAAUACUCAUUGUGACCUCUGCCACCUCAAUGUGACCAGUGUCAUUUGUGCCUUUUUUUUCUCUAUGGCAGAAGUGAAAGAAAGUGGUGAAAUGUUACAAAGUUAGAAAGCUUACUUGCCUUAAGAAUUACCAAGGAGAGUUUGUAAAUAAUACAUAAUUUAACCUGUUACUGAAGUAAAUUUUGAUGCAGUGAAGCUUGUGUGUGUGUGUGUGUGUGUGUGUGUGUGUGUGUGUGUGUGUGUGUGUGUGUGAUUUACAUUCCUUAAUUUCAUAAUGUUUUCUGGUUUAUUCCAAAUACAUUUAUUUUCUGGGGAACCUGUAAUUCUUAUAUUGUUCAAAGAUCUGUCUUUCCUUGAUUUGUGUCCUCAUAAAGUAUCUAUCUUCACUCUUUUCUACACAAUAAUAGAUCUUUUCUAUCUUAUUUUUUCUCAAAUUGUCUUUUAUUUAUAUAAUAGAAUCAUGUCUCCCCUCUUGUGUUUGUGUUUGUGUGUGUGUGUCACUGCCUAGGUCAAACUUAGACUCAGUGAUGAUUUCCCAGGCAGAGUCAGGUAGUGAUUGGAGCUUCAUGGCAGUGCCCUCUACUCUGCCAGUGAAAGUAAUGUGCAAAUUACUUGGUAUACAUAAAUACAGUCUUUACAAGCCAGUGCAGGAGAGAUGUAUUGUGUGUGUGUAUGUAUGUGCGUGAUGGAUUUGUGUACCCUCUUGCUAUACUGUCUCCUCAUGUAUUAGGUGCAGUUGUGCCUGAAGUGGGUGGUUUCUCUACUAAUGCAGUUGCUACCCUACUGCAUUAUUAUAUCAAUUUAAACAUAUCUCACACUUUUUUACUUAUGCAGUUGUUUUUAUGAAAAGUUUUAUAGGUAUAUAGGCCUAUGGAAUGCUUUUGUUAUAUACACAUAAGAUACAAGAGCAAUUUUGUUAAAGCUUGAAAUAUUUAAGAAAGAAAGAUGUAUUAUUUAAGUGGUGUACUGGCUAUGUAUAUACUGUUGUGGUGGUGUACAUAUCUCUGGACUCACCCGGGGAAGUUAUUAGUGUAUAAAGUUUAUUUCCAGCCAAAAUAAAAAUUGUUUUCAUUA